AUGGCCUCUUUGUCGCGCACCUUUGCGUCUGCGGUCUCCAACCGCUCGUUUGUUAACGUCCCUGCCUCGGCUCCAGCUUUGAAGAAGGUGUUGAGCGUCUCUGGUGGCAGCGUGUCUUUGGACCACCACGACGAUCACCAUGCCAGCAAGCCCGUCUUGGGUUCUUCCAUCAAGCAGCGAUCCACUGGCGGCUUUGUCAAUGCCUCUGCUGUCAAUGUGGGUCCCAUUAACGAUUUCCAAUUGCGACGCAACCACACGACUGCCGUUCCCGAUUUCUCAAAAUACAAAAAGACCAACACCAGCGGUGAAGCCAGCCGUUCGUUUGCUUACAUGAUGGUCGGUACCACUGGUUUGAUUAGUGCAGCAGGCGCUCAGGCUACUGUCAGCGACUUUUUGGCCAACAUGUCCGCCUCUGCCGACGUUUUGGCUUUGGCCAAGGCCGAAGUCGACUUGAACGCUAUCCCUGAGGGUAAGAACGUUACUAUCAAGUGGCGUGGUAAGCCCGUCUUUAUCCGUCACCGUACCGCUGACGAAAUCGCCGAGGCCAACGGUGUUAGCGUCCAGGAAUUGCGUGAUCCUCAAACGGAUGCCGACCGUGUCAAGAAGCCUGAAUGGCUCGUCAUGUUGGGUGUCUGCACUCACUUGGGUUGUGUGCCUAUUGGUGAAGCUGGUGAUUACGGUGGUUGGUACUGCCCCUGCCACGGUUCCCAUUAUGAUAUCUCGGGUCGUAUUCGCAAGGGUCCCGCCCCUCUCAACCUUGAAAUUCCUGAGUACUCCUUCACCGAAGACAAGCUCAUCGUCGGUUAG